AAAUGAUAGUUAAUUCAUUGGUGAUUCUGUUGUUGAUCAACUUGAUUAGUGUCCAACAUGAGGUUAAAAUUAUUGAUUUUGUUCAUUCUAAUAUCACCUAAUUGCUGUAAUGAAAUAUCAUUGAUUGAUGGAUUGUUACAAUCACAAUUACUUUCUGGUGUUGUUGAUGAUGUUGAACAAAUUGGUGACAAUUUAAUUCCCGGUGGAUCUCCGGAUGCUCAACGAACUCCAUGUGAACUGAUUGAAUCUCGGAAUUAUAUUUGUGAUGAACAUUUUCUAACUCUUACCGAUGGUUAUAUCAUAUCGAUUCAACAUAUAAUCAACCCUGUGCUGAUUAAAAACGCAGUGAAAACAAUUAAACCUUUGAUUUUAGCUCAUGGGCUAUUCCUUGGAGCCCCAGCUUGGUUGAUCAAUUCCGCGAGAGGGUUUGCUGACGAUUGGACUCGUAAGGGGAUCAAGGUCAAUUUCGAUGACGACGGACGAAACUUGGCCUACCUAUUGGCUAAUCUCGCAUACGAUGUUUGGGUGAUCAAUUUCAGAGGAUCUCGAUAUUCAAGAAAUCACACUUAUCUUAAUCCAUAUACAGACAACAAGUAUUGGCGAUUUUCUUAUCAACAAAUGAUUAGCUAUGAUGCUCCAGAAUCUAUCGAUUACGUUUUAAAAAAAACUGGAUACAAGAAACUUGGUUGGAUUGGUCAUUCAAUGGGAACUUUAAUCAUGUUUGGACUACUCUCGGAACGAAAGGAGUACUCAGAUAACAUAAAACCGUUCAUUGCAUUAGCGCCUGUGGCUCAUGUUUCAAACAUUACAAGUCCCAUUCGAGUUGCGGCCUUUGUACCUGGCCUCAAGCCGACAUUAACGGUUAAAGGCGGAGAAUUUGAUCUACCAAAGCCGACACUUGAUCUAAUUGCAAAUACAAUUUGUGUCUUGCCUGUAACGACAAAUAUUUGUACUGCUUUAUUUGCGCUUUUCGGUGGUGAAGAUUUUGAAAACUUCGAUAUGAGUCGAAUCUCGGUCUACGUUGAAAACGGAUUUCUCGGUACUUCGGUUUGGACAGCGAACCAUUUCUUAUACAAUAUCGCUACAGGUCGAUUCGCUAAAUAUGAUUUUGAGAAAAUAGGGAACUUGGCUGUUUAUAAUUCCACUGAGCCACCAGAAUAUAAAUUACGAAAAAUCAAUUCAAAGUACAUUGUUUUAAUUGAUUCUGUUGGUGACACUUUAGCCGAUCCAGUUGACGUGAUGACAUUGAAAAAUUCACUCGAAGUAAUGUUUAACAUGAAGAUACAGUUAUUAAUAUUUUUCAUUCUGAUAUCAUCUAAUUGUUGUGAUGAAUUAUCAGCGAUUGAUGGAUUUUUACAAUCACCAUUACUUUCUGGAGUAGUUGAUGAUUUCAUAAGAAUUGGUGACAAUUUAAUUCCCGGUGGAUCUCCGGAUGCUAAAGUAACUCCUUCCAUUGAUGGCUUGUUGAAAUUACCAUCAGUUUCUGAAGUUGUUGAUGAUAUUUCAAGAAUUAGUGACAAUUUAAUUCUGAAUGUAUCUCCUGAUGAACAACGAACUCCAUGUGAACUGAUUGAAUCUCGUAACUAUAUUUGCGAUGAACAUUUUAUAACUCUUACCGAUGAUUAUAUCAUAUCGAUUCAACAUAUAAUCAAUCCUGUGCUGAUUAAAAACGCAGUGAAAACAAUUAAGCCUUUGAUUUUAGCUCACGGCUUUUUUGGUGGAGCAACAAACUUCCUAAUCAAUUCCGCUCGCGGGUUUGCGGACGAUUGGACUCGUAAAGAUGUCAAGGUCAAUUUCUAUGAAGAUGGACGAAACUUGGCCUACCUAUUGGCUAAUCUCGCAUACGAUGUCUGGGUAGUCAAUUUCAGAGGAUCUCGAUAUUCAAAAAAACACGUCUAUCUUAAUCCAAAUGAUCCAGCAAGCAAGUAUUGGCGAUUUUCUUACCAACAAGUGAUUAGUUAUGAUGCUCCAGAAACUAUCGAUUAUGUUUUGAACAAAACUGGAUAUGAAAAACUUGCUUGGAUUGGUCAUUCAAUGGGAAACCAAGUUAUUUUUGGAUUACUCGCAGAGCAGCCUGGAUAUUCAGAGAAAUUAAGUCCGUUCAUAGCAUUAGCACCCGUGGCUUUUGCGUCAGACAUUACAGACCCUAUUCGAGUUCUGGCCUUUGUACCUGCCCUGAAGCCAACGCUGACGGUUUUAGGAGGCGAACUUACAAUACCAAAGCCAAUACUUGAUAUAAUUGCAAAUACAGUUUGUGUCGCACCCGUAACAAUAGGCAUUUGUGCCGCUUUAUUUGCUCUUUUUGGUGGUCCAGAUUUUGAAAAUUUCGAUAGGCAAAGAGUUCCGAUAUAUCUCGCCAAUGGAUUUCAGGGUUCUUCGAUUUGGACGGGGAAUCAUUUCUUAUACAAUAUUGCUACAGGUCGAUUCGCUAAAUAUGAUUUUGAGAAAAUAGGGAAUUUGAUCGUAUACAAUUCCACUCAUCCACCAGAAUAUGAAUUAAGUGAAAUUAACUUGCCGAACAUCGUUCUCAUCCAUUCUCUUGGUGAUCCUUUAGCCGAUCCACAUGAUGUGAAGAGAUUGAAAAACUCACUCAGAGUUCCAUAUAUCGAAUACGUUGUUCACUCUCGGGAAUUUUCUCAUUUGGACUAUAUUUUCGGUAAAAAUGUUUAUUCGGAAGUUUAUCAACAGGUGAUUGUUUUUCUCAAGAGGUUCGAGUAGUUCGAUAACGAGAAUCUCGAAUUGUGUUCUAAUCAAUCAUCCGGUUUAAACAAGAAUCUAAUGGACUUAGAAUUGACCAAAUUCUUCACAAUUAGCUAAUUACUUUAAUUUUUCUCUAAUAUUUUAUGUCGACUGUUAAUUGCUCAA